AUGGAAGAUCUUAAUCUUGGGCCUUCACAAGGCGGCGCGUACAGCAGAGGGACAGCGAGGCUCUCACAGUGGGCAAUGCCUGCUGCUGCUGCUGCUGCUGCGCCUGCUGCUGCUGCUGCUGCUGCUGAAGGGCAGGUGGAAGCAGUUGCGGAGGCGCUUCUAGUCGCAGCUAGGGGGAGCUUUAGUGCUGCAGCGCUGCAGCAAGCAGCCGAGCAGCUGCGCAGUCUUAGCAGCAGCAGCAGCAACAGCAGCAGCAGCAUCCGCAGCAGCAGAGAGGUGCUGCGGCGAAUAGGACCCCAGCUGCUUCCGGGUCCUCCGCUGCUGAGUUCAGCUUGCUGCUGCUUGGCCUGCAGCGCAGCACUGCAGCGAGACUUGCCUAAGCUGGAGUCAGCAGCAGCAGCAGCAGCAGGUCCGCCAGGUGCAAAUGCAGCAGCAGCAGCAUGCGCUGAAUUCACGGUGGAGCUUCGGCAGCAUUUGCUUGCUGCCUUCUCUCUGCCUCCCGUUGCUGCUGCUCGUGCUGCUGCUGCUGCUGCUGCUGCUGCAGAGGGGCCUUCCGCCCUAGUGAUUUUACGGUCUGAGUUGUGCUGCAGCAGGAGCUGCUGCAGCAGCAGCAGCAGCAGCUGUUGCUGCUGCCGCACUGGCAGCUCCUUGCGGCUGGUGGUUGAUGCAGCUUUGCUGCAGCAGCGGCUUACACCUGAACUGCUGCAGCUGCUGCAGCUGCUGCUGAGCUUCCCGUUGCUGCUGCCGCGUCUUGCUGAGGCCUACGCAGCAGCAAGUCUGUGCGUCCAGCUGCUGCUGCAGCUUCAUGCCUCCGCGCGUAACGCAGCAGCAGCAGCAGCAGGCGCUGCUGCUGCUGCUGCUGCCAGGCUGCCGUCUGCAGCAGCGGCAGAGCUCUUGCUACAGGCGCACUGGAAGACCUGCAUCUUUGCGUGCAGCUGCGGCAGCAGCAGCAACAGCAGCAGCAGCAGCAGCGGUAGCAACUGCAGCAGCAGCAGCAGCUGCUGCUGCUGCCCUGGUCUCAUUUUGUGGGCAGCUGAGUGGAAGGGCCUUGAAAAGCUGCUGCUGUUCCCUCUCGAUUUUGAAUUCCUCAGAGCAGCAGCAGCAUAUAUGUGCUGCAGCACUUGCUGUGCUGCUGAUGAUGCAGUAGCAGCAGCAGCAGAAGCUGAGCAAAUGCCCGCGGCAGCAGCAGCAGCAGCGCCUGCAGCAGCAGCAGCAGAACUGUCGCUGCAGCUGCUGCACAUGGCUCUGACUUCCUGGCUUAUUGGAGCUCCCCUGCUAUCAGCACUUGCUGCUGCUAGAUCGCAGCAGGAGCUGCUUGCUGCAGCUGAGACCUUCGUCAUUCCUGCUGCUGCUGCUGCUGCUGCUGCUGCACCUAGUGCGCGGCUGCUGGCUAAAGCCUGUAGCCUCUGGAGCCAAGCCAUUCCUGCUGCAGCGGUCUCACUUGAAAAGCAGCAGCAGCAGCAGCAGCAGCGGCUGCAGCAGCUGCUGCAGUUGCUGACGCACCCGCUGCAGCGUCAGGGCCCCUUGCCCCUGCUGUUGGCAGCAGCAGCUGCUGCUGAUGCUGCUCCGGGUAGGGCUACGGGGCUGCUGCAGCAGCUGCAGCAGAAGGCAGCCGCAGGCCUUACUGCAGCAGGAAGGCUUUGUGUAGGCCUCCUUGCUGCUGCUACUGCUCCCGCUGCUUCUUGCGGGCCAGGCAGCUUCCCGGGGCAGCAGCAGCAGCAGCAGCAGCAGCAGCAGCUGGUGCUGCUGCAGCAGCAAUCCCGUGUCCCGCUGGCGCUGUGGCGCCUCGCAGAGGCUGCAGCAGAAGCGGAAAGCGUUUCGGGGGCUCUUCCUGCCUUAGGUUUUGCUGCUGCUGCUGCUGCUGUCCCUGGGCAGCAGCAGCAGCUGUUGCUCCAGCAGCAGGCACCGGGAUAUGGGCGCCUCCCCUCAACUUGCAGCAGCAGCAUUCAACAGCAGCUAUGCAGGCUGCUGCUGCAGCAAUGCUCAGAGGCAGCAGCAACUCUGUGCUGUGUCUGCUGCAGCUCCACGCGACACACUGGGCAGCAGCAACAACAGCAGCGGCCGCAGCAGCAGCAGCAGCAGCAGGCGUCGCUGCUGCACCAUGCAUGCGCACAGGCGCGCUUUACUUCACAACUGCUGCUUCGGCUCCUCAACAACAAAGCAGCUGACAGCUGUUUUAUCUUUCAAUGCUUGAACGACCAGCAGCAGCAGCAUCAGCUACAGCGGCAGCAGCAGCUGCAGCAGCAGCAGCAGCAGCAGCCCUGCGGCCCGUUAUACGACAUUUCUACAUACUUGUUUCGGCUCACAGAGGCACUUGAGGAGCUUGCCACUCAGCAGCAGCAACAGCGUCAGCAGCAGCAGCAGCAUAAGCUUCAGCAGCAGCAGCAACUUCCCGGUUUCUCUCCUCGGGCAUUCCAUUUGCUGCUCGACCCUCUUGCUGCUGCUGAAGUUAAGGAGGCAGCAAAAAGUGUUGCUGCAUUCAUCGCAGCAGCUGCAAGAGCUGCUCCAUAUGAUGGUUUGCUGAGGCUGCGCGAGGCCUUAGUUGCUGCUGCUGCUGCUGCUGCUCCUGACUGCAGCAAGGCAGCAGCCGUCGCUCUCUUUUUGAAUUUGGUCAUUGCAGCAGCAGAGGAUGCCCUCAGACCAGCCACGGCACAAGCACCAGCAGCUGCUGCUGCUGCUGGUGCUGCUGCUGCACCGACAGCGCCUCGCGCUGCUGCUCUGCUGCAAAAUGAGCAGCAGCAAAACGGACAGCAGCAAAACGGGCAGCAGCAUAAGCUGCAGCAACUGCUGCUGCGGCAUUCCCAGCUGCUGCUGCAGCAAAAGGCGUUGCGUGCAAUCGAAGACACCUGCCUCGAGUUCCCCUUUGCCACCUGCGCCUUAAGCAGCUCCUCCCCCUAUGCUGCUGCUGCUGCUGCUGCUGCUGCUGCUGCGCAGCCGCGGCAGCAGCUGAACCUGCAGCAAGCGCCACAGCAAAUCUGGCAGGGGGAGCUCACGUCGCUGCGACUGGAAGCUGUGGCACUGUGGUUUGCUUCUGCUGCUGCUGCUGCAGCACUUCAGAGCAGCAGCAGCAGCAGCAGCAGCAGCAGCAGCAGCAGCAGCACGAUGCCCGACACGCGGACUGAGCCUGUCGCUGCUGCUGUCGCCGAAGGAGAGAGGCAGCUGCUGCAGCGGCUGCUGCUGUGGUGCUGCAGCAGCCAUCCUGCUCUUUCUUGCUUAGGCGGCCGCUGCUGCACUCUGCUAGCGUCCGUAGCUUCAGGCUGCUGGCCCCUGCAGCAGCAGCAGCAGCAGCAACAGCGGGCCGCAGCUGCGCAUGUCUGCGCUAUGCUGUUUGCUGUGGCGAGCCACAGCAGGGCGCCAGGCUGUGGGCGUCCUUCGGCAGCAGCAGCAGCAGCAGCAGCAGCACCGGCAGAUGAUAGGCUGCUGCAGCUAUGUGCUGGAGCAGAGCUUCAGCUAGAGCCCACUGUGCAGCAGCAGCGGCUCUUCCGCUGCUUUGCUGCUGCAGCUCACCAGGCUGUUGUCUUGGAGUACGCACAGCAGCAGCAGCAGCAGCAGCAGCAGCAGCAACUAGCUGCGGGCGGAUUUGCCCAGGAACUGCUGCUGCUGCCUCUAGAAUACGGCAGUGCCCUGCUGAGACGGCUUUCCUUGGACGAGCCUAGCAGCAGCAGCAGCAGCAACAGCAGCAGCAGCAGCAUGCAGCCCGUUUCAGUGCCCAUGUGGCUCAGCAUUGUGUCCCCCAUGUCUGCUGCUGUGCUUCAGUUUCGCGUGUGGCCACGCCCGCCCACAGCAGCAGCAGCAGCAGCAGCAGCAGCAGCAGCAGACACGCUGGAGAACCACUGCCGCCUCAUUCUGGAGGCAUUGCUUGAUGUGACACAAAAGACAACAGCAGAAAGUUUAAAGACGGGGAGGCCGUUGGCGCUGCUGCUGCAGGAGCGUUCUGCUGCUGCUGCUGCUGCUGCGGAUCUGCUGCAGCAGCAGCCAAACGAGCCCCCAGCAGAGCUGCUUCUCUUCGACGCAGAGCGAGCAGCAGUGGAGGCUGUGUGUGAGGCCGUUGAGGUGUAUGCGCAGCUGCCAGCAGCAGCAGCAGCAGCAGCAGCAAUUCUGCUGCCAUUUGCUGAUGAACUCUCGCAGUUUAUAGAGCAUUAUAUCUGCAGCAGGGAGAUGGCUGCUGCUGCUCCCCGUCUCUUCUCCUGCGCCAUCGCCUUGUCUUGCUGCUGCUGCCCCCCUUUCCCUGUGCAGCAGCCGCAGCAGCAGCAGCAGCUGUUGCUGCAGCAGGAAGCAGCAGCAGCAGUUGCGCGGCUGCAGCAAGUUGUACAGUCCGCGCUGCCGCACAUGCUGCAGCUUCACACAGCGAGAACUGCAGCAGCACUUGUAAAGGAGUUGGAAAGGGGAGCUCCGCCCCACAUCAUUGAAGGUAUCUCUGCAGCACUGCAGCAGCGGCAGAAAAAGAGCUGCGUGCUCCAGCUGCUGCAUGCACUGCAGCAGCAGCAGCAGCCGCGGCUGCUGCUAAGCCCGUCGCAACAGCAGCACGUUGCUCACCUCCUCAAGGUCUCCCACAUGCUAGGCAGCAAAAAUAUGGGGAAGUGCUGCGGGCCGCGCCGGCUGCGCCCUUUUGCUGCACAAGCAGCAGCAGCAACAAGAGCAGCAGCAGCAGCAGCAGCAGCAGCCGACCUUCUGCUUGGAGCUGACUCAGCAGCAAAAGGCUGCAGUGUCGCAGCGUCUGUUGUUUCCCAGCGGCUGCUGCUGCUGCUGCAGCUGGCGCCUUCUGCUGCUGCCUCCCGAGAACUUGCAGAUUGCCUUGCACUGCUUCGCUUGAGCUAA